AGUCCUCGGCAACUUCACGCACCUGGAGCGGCUUCUUCCUAUCUUCGACUCACUCUCACUGUAAACCGCAGACUGUGUUCGCUCGCACGGCCAUGGCUCCCGUCCUGUGCCGGAUCCAGUACCUGGAGGAUUCUGACCCGUUCAUCUGCACCAACUUCCCCGAACCUCGCAGACCUCCGACGGUGAACCUGGACGAGAACCUGCCGCUGAGUGAACAUAUCUCCGGGAUCCACGCGCUGCUCGAGGCGCCGCUGAAGUUGGACGAGUGCACUCUUCAAGUGUCUCCUCAUGGAAAUUAUCUAGACUUGGACUCGUCUCUGUCUGAGCAGAGAGACGAGCUGGAGACAUUUUACCAGGACAUCAGUAAAGGAAAGAAACCCAUCCUGAUUCUGAGGACUCAGCUCUCCGUCCGUGUUCACUCCAUCCUUGAGAAACUGUACAACUGUCACGGUCCAGAGUUGAGACGCUCGCUGUUCUCACUGAAACAGCUGUUCCAGGACGAUAAAGACCUGGUUCCAGAGUUCGUCGCGUCUGAAGGUUUGACGUGUCUCAUUAAAGUCGGAGCUGAGGCCGAUCACAACUAUCAGAACUACAUACUGAGAGCUCUCAGUCAGAUCAUGCUCUUUGUGGACGGAAUGGACGGUGUCAUUAACCACAGUGAGACACUGCAGUGGCUCUACACACUGACAGGAAGUCAGUCUCGUCUGGUGGUGAAAACGUCUCUGAAGCUUCUCAUCGUGUUCGUGGAAUAUUCAGAGUCCAACAGUCCUCUACUCAUCCACGCAGUCAACACGGUGGACACACGCAGAGGUAUGAAGCCCUGGAGUUUUGUCGUCGAUGUUCUGGACGAGAAACACGUCUCAGACUCAGAGCUGCAGGUGUUUGCUAUGACGCUCAUCAACAAGACUCUGUCCGUCCUUCCAGACCAGGACUCCUUCUACGAUGUGACGGACAGUCUGGAGCAGCUCGGCAUGGAGACGAUUAUCCACCGACACAUGAACGAGACCACAGAGAGUGACCUGAGAGCUCAGUUUACCGUCUAUGAGACAGCUCUGAAGUAUGAGGAUGGUGAUGUCGAUGACUCCUCCUCCCUCCUCCGCAAAGAAAGAAGAAAAAUCGCUGCUAAUGAUCAAGAGAGUCGAAAGAGUCGCCGCUCAUCGAGUCAAAACCUUCCUGACCUCCUGUCGACCUCCACAGUCUCCUCCCCCUCCAACUCAACCAACUCAAUCGUUUCCCCCUCCUCUGACCGUGACACCCUCUCCCCCACCCUCUCCUCUGCUUCCUCCUCCUCCAGCCCCACGGCGACGCUCGGCAGCAGAGCUUCUUCUCCAUUAACCCCUGACCCUGGAAGUCCCGCCUCCAGUCCAUCUGGAUCGCUGAGAGCCUCUCCACUGCCCCCCCACACCCCCACUAACGGAACCAUGACCAUUGAAAUGGACACGAGGACAGCGUCCAGCCCGAGUCGCUCUUUCCUCACUCACCACAUGUCAAGUCUGGGUCUGGGCAGGAAGUCCCGGUUCUUCUCCAAAACCAGCUCUAUCUGUGAAGAGUCUUCAACUACCAGCAGCUUGCCCUCUGAUCUCUCUCUCCAGGUGAAGUCGUCCCAAAUGAAUCCAGACCAAUCAAAGGUGGAGACAAAGACAAGUUUCAACUUUGCAGAGGCUGACAGCCUCUACUGCCCAGGUAGUGUGAAUCAGGACAAACCGGUUCUGAAGAAGUUUGAAGACACCUUCCUGCGCAGCCUUGCAGCGACUCAGUGGGAGAAGAAGAGAAGAAGUAAACACUUCAGCCAGUCCAGACUGUCCUCAUCUGAUGACAUCAUCAGCCCUCAGCCCACAGCAGAGGAGGGAGGGGCCAACAGCACUGUGGAGGCGGCACAGAGCACUGCUGCACUGCAGUGCAGCACACUCUCCAACGACAAGAAGUUCCUGAUGGACAUGCUCUACUCCACAACCGCCACGCCCCUGAGCCCGACAGCCACGCCCCCGAGCUCGAUAGCCACCAUUACCGACACCAGUGAAGCAGAAGGAAGCCUUCAGACUGGCGGCGAUGGUGAACUGCAUGGUUGGGGUCGUGUGUCAGAGCGUCUGUCCAGCUUUAGAGCGCAUUCUCUAGAACCCUCUGCCUCUGAGGGCAGCGCCUCACGCAGGGCAGAACUGGAAGGGCUAGAAGGCUCUGCCCAGGCAGCGCUGGCCCGACUGGCUGAAAACCAACAGCAGCGUUACCUGCGGCAGCAGAGCAGCAUUGACUUGGAGAGCCCCGCCCGUCGCUUAGAAACCACCCAGAUGACCCCACUUUGUCCUGGUGGUGGCGCUGAUGCGUGGGAGCAGCUGCAGCCGAGCGCCGCCGCUCUGCGCAUUAAAGACCUGGACUUUUCUGACCUUCUGGAUGAGGAGGACAUCGACGUCCUGGACAUGGACACGCUGGACUCCACCUCCGCUGCCUCAUGCUUUUCUGGCAUUCCUCCUCCUCCCCCUCUUCCUCCUCCUCCUCCAGGCUUGGGUCCCCCCCCUCCGCCUCCUCCUCCUCCAGGCCUGGUUACACCUCCUCCCCCACCACCUCCUCCACCUCCUCCCCUACCCCCAGGUGCUCCACCCCCUUCUUUUUUGGCAGCAGCAGAGUUCCCUCAGAAGAAGAAGAAGACAGUGAAGUUAUUCUGGAAGGAGCUGAAACAGCCCGAUCGACCCAAGAAGUGUCGCUUUGGCCGCGGGACAGUGUGGGCGUCACUGGACAAGGUGGCGGUGGACACUGUCCGCCUUGAACACCUGUUUGAGUCCAAGGCCAAGGAACUCCCUGUUACCAAGCAUCAUCACAAACGUUGUCUGCACGGUGAUGCCCCCACUUACCUCCUCACACCACACACCUCAGCCAGGACCCGGUCAGGCCAAACAGCACCGUCUGCUCGCACCCAGGACACGGCUCAAGACCAUGGGGAACAGAGCUUUUGAAGCUGCCGCUCCCCAUCUGUGGAAUGCCCUUCCUGACCACCUCAGGGCCCCACAGGCUUUUAAAAAAGAACUCAAAACCUACCUUUUUAGAAAAGCAUAUAGCAAUUUUAUUUUUUUAUCUUGUUUUUUUACUCAGUAUCACUUUCGUUGUUUGAAUGUGAAAUGCAAUACAAAAA